ACCUGAUCGACGAGAGAAGCUCAAAUUAGUUGCACAGUCGGAUUCGAAGAAGGAAGGAGCGGGUACUAGUUUUGUUCUGUAGUCUGAUACGAAGAAGAAAGGGAUCAAUUUCGGUUUGUACUGGAAAAGGUGCUCUUCUUUAUAUGUCUGCGUCCUGUGAAAUUGUAGUAAAUCGGUCGAUUUACCAAGUAUACACCAGCUUGAAUAGGAUUAGGAAAUCUCUUCCGUCUCCGUCUCCUCCUCGGAUGAGGCUAUAAUAAGCUCAGCCUAGGCAUCGACGAUUGUCCGCGCACGGAAGAAGCACCAAGAAUUUAUAUUUAUGCUAGCGUUUUGCCUAUCGACGCAAGCAGGCCCUACUUUGUUCUUUUUUUGAGAUCGGAUGACUAUGAAGUUCAAUAGGGGUCGUCGCCGCCACCGCCGUGAUCUGCAGAAAGCAGCUGACGUUGAGGACAGGCUAAGCGAACUGCCCAAGGACAGGCUAAGCGAGCUGCCCAAUGACGUGCUGCUCAACAUCGUGGAGAGAUUGGAAACACUUGACGCCCUUAGAGCAUGCAUCGUCUCCAAGCAAAUGUGGAAGCUCCCCACCAUGCUCUCGCAGAUUGUCAUCGUUCUUGACAACCACCACGAAUUGUUCCGAAAGAACAGUGUCGUGGCUGACGUGACUAACAAGAUCCUGAGCAAGAGGUCUCCGCAGAUCAACAUUCGCAAGCUGAAGGUCAAACUAUUCUUGAUUCCUAAUGACUGUCACUCCAUUGGCAAAUCUAUUGGCCUCGCCAUGGCGACCCAGAAGCUUGAUGCAGCUGAGUUUGAAAUUGUGACGCCCAAGAAUUCUUAUUAUUGCAAGGAUGCCGACCUCCUGAACUUUGCUAAGCAGUUCAACACGUUCCUUGCUGAUUGUCCCGAAGCAUUUUCUGGUCUCACGCGACUGGAACUGCAGAAUCUGAGGUUUGGUGAAUCAGACAUGUCCAAUAUCCUUAGCACUUGCAAGCGGCUGGAGUCAUUGUCACUUUUUGAGUGUGAUGCAGGGAUUCGGUCGGUACUGCAUGUAGAACAUGCUGCACUCAUUGAGCUUUGUAUUUCCUAUGGGAAAUUUAAAACAGUGCAGCUCGACUGUCUACCAAAGCUCCAACGGAUGACCUAUAUCUGGCUCCUUUAUGAAACUCCCUUGGUUCUUGGUUUUGUCCCUCAGCUUUCGAAGCUAAGCCUCACUAAUACAAGUCUUUCAGACAAGACCCUUAUGCUAAGCCAGCUGCUUGCUGAUGUCCAGACUGUACGCGAGCUGUAUCUGAAUUUUCAAAGUGAGAAGAUUUGGAUUCGACCAGAAUGCCGUAGGAUGCUUGCCCCUGUGUUCACUGAACUACGCACCGUGAAUCUCGACAAUCUUCCCGAAGAAUGUGAUAUUGCUUGGACAAUGUUCCUUCUUGAAGCUGCACCAUUCAUACAGGAGCUUUGCAUCACAGUAUGGGAUCAUAAGUGUGGAAAGGAGUCACAAAAGAGUUACUCCAAGAAAAUGGAUGUGAAGUGGGAGCCAUCUGCUCCUAAUUUCAAGCACAAGAAUCUUGUCAAGCUAACCAUCUACGGCUUUCAGUCCGAGGACACCUUCAUGCGGUACAUCAGGCAUGCCAUGGAAGCUGCGAUGAAUAUCAAGGAGGUGUCUCUGCAUGACAGGAAGGCAUGCAUGCACUGCGCUGACAGGUUUCCUCACAUGGAGUUGGAGAAAGCAGCUGGCAAUGGGGACAGGCUAAGCGAACUGCCCAAUGACUUGCUCCUCAACAUUCUGGAGAGGGUGAGCAAACUUGAUGCUGUAUGAACCUGCAUCCUCUUGAAGCAAAUGUGGAAGCUGCUGCCUUCGAUACUUGGUUCAAAUGAAUGGUGUUGUGGCUGACGUGAUGGGCAAGAUCCUUAGUACGAGGUCUCCACAGGUCACAUGCAAGCUGAAGGUCAAAAUCUUAUUGAGUCCUUGCUGUCUCUCCAUUGGCAAGUCUGUUGCCCUUGCCAUGACAACCCAGAACCUUUGAGUUCAAAAUAUUGACGCCGAGGGAUUUUAAACGUUGUGUUGAGGCCUAUCUCCUGCUCUUUGCUAGGCAUAUCAAUAAUUUUCUUCUUGAUUGUCCAGAUGCAUUUGCUGGUCUCAAGCAACUGCAUCUGCAGAAUAUGAGGUCUGGUGAAUUAGACAUAACUAACAUCCUUACCGCUUA